AUGACUGCCAAACUCCCAUUCCAAAUGAUUACGAGCUUCCUUCUCGUCGCACUCUUCCUGCGACUGGUGGAUGCAGCCUCCGGCAGGCCCAGGGUUCCACAGAUUGAGAUCAAAGGCUCGAAGUUCUUCUAUUCCAACAACGGAAGUCAAUUUUACAUCCGCGGAAUAGCCUACCAGGAGGAUUAUGAUGCUCGCGGAGCGAACACAAUCGGAUCGUCCGAUUCCACCAAGUAUCUCGACCCUCUCGCCCAGCCCUCCAAGUGUGCCCGUGAUAUUCCGUAUCUUCUCCAACUGCGGACCAAUGUUAUCCGUACGUACGCCAUCGAUCCGACAAAGAAUCACGAUGAAUGCAUGAAGAUGUUGGCGGACGCCGGAAUUUAUGUCAUCACUGAUCUGGCAUCUCCAGAUAUUUCCAUUACUGCCGACUCUCCUUCAUGGACAGUGGAACAAUACGACCGGUACAGCUCGGUCAUUGACGCGUUCCACAAAUACGACAAUGUUAUCGGCUUCUUUGCUGGGAACGAGGUCGUCAAUCAUGCCAAUCAGUCCGCAGGUGCUGCCUUUGUCAAAGCUGCGGCGAGAGACAUGAAGGCAUACAUCAAGUCUAAGGGCUAUAGGACAUCCCUGGCAAUUGGAUACGCGACCACCGACCACGGCCACUUCCGUCUGAAGCUUUCUAGCUAUCUCGACUGCGGCGACCAAUCAAGCUCCAUUGAUUUCUUUGGUUACAACAUCUACGAGUUCUGCGGAGACAGCAGUUUCAAGACAUCUGGUUAUGAGGACCGGACAGAAGAAUACAAAAACUACUCAAUUCCCGUCUUUUUCUCUGAAUAUGGUUGCAACACUGUCAAACCACGAAAGUUCAAGGAUGUGUCGAUACUGUUCGGCUCCGAUAUGGACAGUAUCUGGAGCGGUGGCAUACUUUACAUGUACUUCGAGACACCUAACAAUUACGGACUUGUGUCCGCCUCAGAUGCUUCCGUCAGUACGCAGAAAGACUUUGACUAUUAUUUGAAGGCAAUUGGAAGCGUUGAUCCGACUGGUAUUAACAGCGGCAGCUAUUCUCCCACCAACUCUCCUCAGGCCUGUCCCACUAUCGAUGAUACCUGGCGGGCAAAGGAAAGCCCUCUCCCUCCUUAUCCCAACAAGGAGCUACGCUCUUGCAUGGUAGACACUCUUGCAUGUGUUGUCAAAGACGACGUGGCCUCGCAUGGCUUUGGGGGACUAUUUGAUCAGGUCUGCGGUACUUCGAAAAGCGCUUGCGUCGGCAUCUCUGACAACGCCACGGCUGGGGGAUACGGAGCAUACAGUGUGUGUUCUAGCCGAGAUCAACUGUCGUUUGUCUUUGAUCACUAUUUCCAUGCUCAGAAAGGCCUGCCUAUCGCUUGCGACUUCAAUGGUGCUGCAACUACCCAAGACGCAAAGGCGGCGACGGGCAAUUGCAAGAAGUUGAUUGAACAGGCCGGUGUAGCAGGUACAGGAACACUUACCAACCAUCCCACUGCUGCUGCGACCUCUAAAUCCAAGGGAACUGCUAUCAGAUUAUUCACACCAAAUGCAGUUCAGGGAAGCCUCUUUCUGGCAGUCACACUUUGUGCUGCGGCUAUGAUUGUAGGAGUCUUGAUGGUGUAUCUCUAA